AUGGAAUAUUGGAAAACGAGACAGUUGCUGGAAUGGAUAUUCUUCGGAGAAGCUGGAACACAUAUUCCAUUUUCUUCUCUUUUUCUGAAACCCCAAAAAAUAUUUACGCAUCGUCUUCUUUUUCUUCUGGAAGCGAAAAUAAGAUUCGAGGAUGGGUUGGUGGAUCAUGAGAAUGAACUCGAAAUAAUGAAAGAAAUGGAGAAAAUGGUGGAGAACCAAAAAAUAGGAAUUGUUGAGAGAAUUGGAAUUAGUGAGAAGACGAAAAAGAGUAAGAAGGAUUCAAAAAGCAUUAGUGAGUUUGAGCUUAUGACUAAUAAUAAAUAA